AAAAAAAGAAAAAUAAACCUAUUGAUAGACUGUGCAUAAUAUUGAAUUAACCCAAAGAAGAUUUUUUGAUGCAAAGUGUUAAGUCAAAAGUGUAAACAUGACGAAAGAAUUGAAGUACAUGUCAGGAUUUGGCAAUGAGUUUGCCUCAGAGGAUCCACGAUGCCCUGGAGCUUUACCUAAAGGACAGAACAACCCACAAAAGUGUCCAUAUGGAUUAUAUGCUGAACAGUUGUCUGGAACAGCAUUUACAGCACCAAGAAAUGCUAAUGAAAGAAGCUGGCUGUACAGGAUACGACCAUCAGCACUUCAUAAACCAUUUGAGAAGGCAGACCGUGGCCAUAUGACAGAUGACUGGAACACUGUACAUCCAAACCCUAAUCAGUUAAGAUGGCUUCCAUUUGACAUUCCUGCCAAGAAAGAAAAAACACAGGAUUUUGUGCAGGGUUUAUCAACAAUCUGUGGAGCUGGAGAACCGAUGUCAAGACACGGGGCAGCUAUCUAUAUAUUCACAUGUAACUCUCCUAUGGGAAACAAGUGUUUUUACAGUGCUGAUGGAGAUUUUUUGAUUGUUCCACAACAGGGUAGCCUUUUUAUAACAACAGAGUUUGGAAGGAUGUUAGUGGAGCCCAAUGAAAUAUGUGUCAUACAGCAAGGAAUGCGCUUUAAUGUCUCUGUAACUGGACCAUCUAGAGGAUAUAUGCUGGAAGUGUUUGAUGGUCAUUUUCAACUCCCUGAUCUAGGACCAAUUGGUGCUAAUGGUCUUGCCAAUCCCAGGGAUUUCCUUACCCCCGAGGCAUGGUAUGAGGACAAGGAAGUGAAGGAAUAUCAGGUCAUCAGUAAAUACCAGGGACAUUUAUUCAAAGCUGUACAGGAUCACUCUCCAUUUGAUGUGGUAGCAUGGCAUGGAAACUAUGCACCUUACAAAUAUAACCUGAAAAACUUUAUGGUUAUCAACUCUGUGGCCUUUGAUCAUGCUGAUCCAUCAAUAUUUACUGUGUUAACAUGUCAGUCAACAAAGCCAGGAGUAGCUAUAGCAGACUUUGUGAUAUUUCCACCACGAUGGGGAGUAGCAGAUCACACCUUCCGUCCUCCAUAUUAUCACAGAAACUGCAUGAGUGAGUUUAUGGGACUAAUACUUGGGAAAUAUGAAGCAAAGGAGAGUGGUUUCUUACCGGGAGGUUGUACAUUACACAGCAUGAUGACACCACAUGGUCCAGAUGCCACAUGUUUUGAGAAAGCUUCUACAGAGGAGUUGAACCCAGUCCGUGUGGCUGAAGGCACACAGGCAUUCAUGUUUGAAUCAUCUCUAAGUUGGAGGGUGACUGAGUGGGGCAACAAAACUAAGGUGGAUGAGACAUAUUAUACCUGCUGGCAGCCAUUAAAGAAACAUUUCACACCUGGUGAAGCUUCACCUGGACAGAGCAAGACUGAAGGUCCACCAAGCAAGAAACAAAAGAAGUGAUAUGUGUAUAGAUACGUACAGUACUAAGUGGACCAUACAUCAGUGAUAACAUUAAAUCUGUGACAUUGAAUACACAGCUUUACAUUUCUUUGUGAUAUAUAUAUUUUUUGAAUUUGUGCUUCUAAAAAGGUGGUUGGAAACAUGUGUUAAAUAUUGGCCAUAAAAUGCUCAAAAUAAUUAUAAGAGAACUCAUUCCCAUAUUGCCACAUGAACAAAUAUUUUGGAUAAUAAAUGUAUGGAAAAAAAUAGAAUCAAGGAAUGGUGAAAAGAGUUUGUUUUCUUACUUUUUACUUUUAAUUAAUUAAUAUUUUGUUAUAUAUACUCACAAUUGAUAAUGCUUUAAAGAACAAGCUUUUGCAAUCAAUUCAUCAUGGCAUUAUUGCUUAGGUUAUGGGUUCAUUAUAUGGAUUGCCUAUUUUGUUGUAAUGAUAUAAAUUAAAUGAGUGGUGGGCCGAAGUUGAUUUAUCUUUUUAAAGGCACAUUUUGCCUCAGAUACAAUUUUGUUUUCUUCUUGAGAAACACCAAACAGAAGCUUAAUAAUGUUGAAAUAAUGGUUUAAGUAAAUGCUAGAUGCUUGUCAUCUGUAGAAAGUAGGGCUGAAUGUGAAAUAAUGUGUCAUAAAGAAGCAAAAUGUAAUCAAAGUAGUGUUUUGACUUCCAUACAAAAUACUAAAUUACAAUACUGUACUCAUUACCAAAAUGCAACAGGAGCAAAAGAUGGUACAAAUUUAAAUUGCCAAUAGGUAACUUUCUGGAAACUACAACAGGAUACCAAAAAUAAAAAGCUUUUGAAAAAUAAAAUCAAAAGCAUUUCUGGUGCUGAUUGGGCCUUUAAAGACUCAGACAAUAGAAUACAGGUUUAUAGAAACCCUAGUGUUAAUGUUUUUCAUUCCUUUUCAAACUCACAAAGCUAUGAUUUUAAUAAUUGUGGCUUCCACCUGCUCAACAUAAAGGGCAGAAGUUAUUUUGAACUUUUUGUUAUAGACCAGUGUGUAAAUUGCAUUUAAAACUGUUAGCGAUAUUAAGGGUUUGUGUGUAGAACACAUUUUCUGUCACUGUUUAUCAAGGAAUUAUGUAUAUAUGUGUAAAUAUCUGUUAUUACAUUGAACAAAUAUAUAUUUUUAAAUGUAUGAAUAUAGAAUUUGAAGGGCUUUAUGUAAGAUACAUUAAACUCUUACACAAAGUUAAUAAGAAGGUAUUAUGUUUUCAAACAAAUGCACAGUAUAUAAAAUACUGAACAAUUAAAUUGUUUCAGUUAUUAAUUUUUCUUUAAAUCUGUUUGAGCAAAAGAUCUCAUAGUUUAAAUGUUAUGUUUUAUUGAAGGUUGGAUUCUCAAUUUAAGAUUAUUCAUAAAAGAUGAUAGUUUUGUAAUAAAUAAAUAGACAGUUUUCAUUACCGAUAAGAAUCUCAAGUCUAUUAGUUCAGAUUAUGUUUUUAUGCUUUACAUGAAGGAGGUAGAUCUAAUUUUCAGUAAAAUAAAUCGCUGUUUAUAUUCCUAUUUAUUUUGUUUAUUAUCACAACAUGAUAUUUUAAAGCUGCAUGCCUCUAGAUGAGCCAAAAUAUUUCAAGAACUUCAAACUUUAGAAAAAUGUUCUAAGACUUUAAGCUAGAUUCCAGUAAUAAUUUACAUGUCAUGUGCAAUCUAGCACUGAUUUUUCAGUGGUUAUCACAAAUUUUCCAUAUUUUGACCUCUUUUUGCUAAUUUAUAUGGAUUGCAAUGUGUUGUUCACUAUAUAAUACUUUACAUUUUACAUACAUUUACAAAAUUUUCAUAAAAAUCAACAUGAAUCUGGAGACAUGCCACUUUAAAGUCUUUAUUCAUAAAUGUACUUCAUAUGUUUUUAAAUUGUACAAUAUAUUAAGCUUUAUAAUGAGAGAGUGCUAAAGAUAAGUUAUAAAAUUCCUGACUACCUGUCAUAAUGUGUUUUAUCUGAAACAGUUUUUCCUCAUUGCACAGUGUUGGGUCAAUAUUAAGGAAGGUUGUCAAAUAAUUUUGAUCACAUACCUUUUCUUUGAAUGUUAUUUUUUGUAUCUGUGCCAUUAAUAAAGAAAUAAAAUGAAGUAUCUGUGACUGCAACGGCAUGGUUGUCAUGCCCUUUUAUUGUACAUGUACUUUGUAUGUAGAUGGGAGUAAUACCAGAUGUAGAUGUUUAUUCUGAACAAGUGUCAUUUAGUUGUUGUUAAAUUUCUGCGGAUGUGAUGCAUAUACAUAGUAUGUAAUUCUUUAAAUAUCCUUCAGAAUGAUAAUUACUUACCAUUAGAAUCGCAGGUCUGUACCAGAUAAACAGUUUACAUAUAGAACAGACUAUUUCAGUAUAACAACUAUCAUAAUUUAUGUGAUUAUGCAAAUUCACUAAGUCAUUAAUGUAUUAUGUCAAAUGCACACGUACAAUCAUUAGAGAUGUCUAGUUUUGUUGUUGUUGACAGUCACAUUAAUUUAACAUUUCAAUAACAUCAUUUGAAUUAGGUUGUACCUUUUAAUUCUAAAAAAUACAGGGAACAUUUUUACAGAUCAUGUUUUUUUAUCAUGCAUUAUUUGUACAUUAUAUAUCAUACCUUUAGGAAGACAUGGUGUCAAGGCAUACAGGGUGUUUUUUUAAAGGCCAAGACCUUUUAGUUGGUAGUUUGAAAGCUGGUAGUAAUUAAAUUUGUAAAUAAAAAAUGCUUGACCGUGCAUUAUAAGGUAUAACUUGCAUCACAGUAUAACAGACAUGAAACUUAUUAUUUGCAAUCCAGAUUAAUUUGUACUAGUCAAAUAUUUUGAAAAUAAUUUUGACCAUCACAUUACUUUAUGUAACUUAUGUUAGGGUAUUAUUAAAUAUUUGAAAGUGACAAAGUUUGUCAACAUUUGGGCAUCCAUUUGUUUAAUGAUAUUCAUGUAAUAGGACCUCAGACUGUGAAUAGGAAAAUUAUGUGUGCUUUUAGCUUGCAUUUAUUUCAGAUUGUCUUUCAGCUUCAUGGCCAUUUACAUUUUGUCUCUUGCAUGUUGAACACAAUAAUCCCAUAGGUAGACAUUUUAUUUUGAACCGAUGUCAUUAAAUUGUUUGUAAAUUUCUACUGAUGGGUAUACAAUUGGUGCACUUAAUUCUUUUCAUCCUAAAGAAUUAUAGAUCCCUUUAUUACAUUGUUAACCAUAAAAAUUAGCUGAAUAAAGAAGAUGUUUAUACAAGGUAAAGUUAUGAUAUUUUACAUUAUAUUGUAUAACAGAAUAUUUCAGUUUUACAAUUAUCAUAAUAUAUGAGAUUAUUACGAUUUUUAAAGUCAGCUGUGUUUUACAAAGUCAUAUCUUAUUGUGCUUCAUCAUUUGUUAAUGAUAUACAUGUAUGCAUUUAAAAAAAAAUAAAGGUGUGCUUU